ACAGGAGAGAAACCCUUUGAAUGUCCUAUCUGUGGGAAAAGUUUUAGUGAUAAUUCCACGCUGGUGAGGCACCAGAGGACUCACACAGGAGAAAAAUCCUAUGAAUGUCCAGACUGUGGAAAACGUUUUAGUCAGAAUUCCCACCUCAUGAGACACCAGAGGACUCACACAGGAGAGAAACUGUUUGAAUGUCCUGACUGUGGAAAAGGUUUUAGUCAGAAUUCCCAUCUCAUGACUCACCAGAGUACUCACACGGGAGAGAAACAUUUUGAAUGUCCUAUCUGUGGGAAAAGUUUUCGUGAUAAUUCCAGCCUGGUGAAACACCAGACAACUCACACAGGAGAGAAACACUUCAAAUGUCCUGACUGUGAGAAAAGUUUCAGUCAGAAUUCCU